GAUCAGAAUCACCAAGCAGAGCACGCGCCGCAACCUGACAGCGCUCGACAAGCGGCGCGGAGCCAGCCAAAGCCAACGGGCACCCGAACCAGACGCCUCCCCAGUCUCCACCUCGAUCGCCAUGGCGACGACGCCGCCGCCUCCGCCUGCUCCCGCCGCCGCGCACACGGUCUUCGUCUACGGGAGCCUGAUGGCGGACGAGGUGGUCCGCACCAUCCUCAAGCGCGUCCCGCCCGCCGCCCCGGCGCUCCUCCCGAACUACCACCGGUUCAACAUCAAGGGCCGCAUUUACCCGGCCAUCCUGCCAGUUGAAAGCAAGAAAGUUGCUGGGAUGGUUAUCACGGGUGUUACUGACGAAGAGCUCCAACUUCUGGAUGCUUUUGAAGAUGUGGAGUACACGAGGACAAGAGUUGAGAUAUCGUUGACUGACUCUUUGGAGAAAAUACUGGCUGACGCUUAUGUAUGGAGUGAUGCAGAGGACCCCAAUCUUUAUGGCGAAUGGGAUUUUGAGGAGUGGAAGAAACUGCAUAUGAAGGAUUUCCUUGCGAUGACAAAUGGUUUCAUGCAUGAACUCGAACAGCCUGAAUCGAAGACCAGGGUGGAGACCUACGAGUCAUUCAUGCAACAACAGGAACAGCCUGUGCCGGGGACCCAGGUUGAGGGUUGAGAGUUGCAAUCUGCUGACUGCUGAUCUACAUCUAAGUCAUUCUCCUGGAGGAAUUGCAUUGGCAUUGGACUGUACCAUCUGUAAUAGGUCACCUAUAUGAUUUGUGAAAUAAGAUCAGGAUUAUCCUAUUAUAAUAAUAUAGUAAUAGUUAAGUACACAAGUAAAAUGCCCACCGAAAUUUCUGUUGAUUCUUUUUUUUUACAACAAUUUCUGUUGCUUCCUUGUGUUAUUGUUGACCCCAUGGCUGGUCCUCAACUGUUGAUGCAUGGUCUCUCUAUGAUUUUUGAAAUAAGAUUGUGAUGUUUAUCCUAUA